UGGCCAUAUUCGUAUCGACACAACACGACAUCGUCGAACUGGGGCAGCGUUCAUACUCGAUCUUUGUUAAUUGACACUUUCUAACAGGGAAAUGGCAGAGGGAUCAAGCAAAGAUGAUCUGGAGACUGCCAUCCUGCGGAAAAAGGAAAAACCUAACCGUUUAUUUGUUGAAGAUGCCAUCAAUGAAGACAACUCAGUUGUUUCCCUUUCACAGGGAAAAAUGGAUGAACUCCAGCUUUUCAGAGGGGAUACUGUGAUGUUAAAAGGAAAACGCCGAAAGGAGACAGUUUGUAUUGUAUUGUCAGACGACACAAUAUCAGAUGAGAAGAUUCGUAUCAACAGAUGUGUGAGAAAUAACUUGCGUGUACGACUUGGUGACAUUGUCAGUGUACAGCCGUGUCCAGAUGUGAAAUAUGGCAAAAGAAUACAUGUUUUGCCUAUUGAUGACACAGUUGAAGGCCUCACAGGAAAUUUGUUUGAAGUAUACCUGAAACCAUAUUUCCUGGAGGCCUACCGCCCAGUAAAAAAGGGUGACAUUUUCUUGAUUCGUGGUGGUAUGAGGGCAGUGGAAUUCAAAGUGAUCGAGACAGACCCCUCACCAUACUGCAUUGUUGCCCCAGACACAGUAAUCCACUGUGAGGGAGAGCCCGUGAAAAGAGAGGAAGAGGAAGAACAGCUGAAUGAGGUCGGCUAUGAUGAUAUUGGAGGUUGUCGUAAACAGUUGGCUCAGAUCAAGGAAAUGGUGGAACUCCCUCUCAGGCACCCACAGUUGUUCAAGACAAUUGGUGUCAAGCCUCCACGUGGUAUAAUGCUGUACGGACCUCCUGGUGUUGGAAAAACUCUGAUUGCUCGGGCUGUGGCUAAUGAAACUGGAGCUUUUUUCUUCCUCAUUAACGGCCCAGAGAUUAUGAGCAAGUUAGCAGGAGAAUCGGAGAGUAAUCUGAGGAAAGCUUUUGAAGAAGCAGAGAAAAAUUCACCAGCCAUCAUCUUCAUAGAUGAACUGGAUGCCAUAGCGCCAAAAAGAGAAAAGACUCAUGGAGAAGUGGAGCGACGUAUUGUCUCUCAGUUGUUAACAUUGAUGGAUGGACUGAAGCAGAGAUCUCAUGUUAUAGUUAUGGCAGCCACAAACAGACCAAACAGUGUUGAUGCUGCUCUCAGACGAUUUGGUCGCUUUGACAGAGAGGUGGAUAUUGGCAUCCCUGAUGCCACAGGCAGGCUGGAAAUUCUUAGAAUCCACACCAAGAACAUGAAGCUGUCGGACGAUGUAGAUCUGGAGCAGGUAGCCGCAGAGACGCAUGGCUUUGUGGGAGCCGAUUUGGCAGCCCUCUGCUCGGAGGCUGCCCUUCAGCAAAUCAGAGAGAAAAUGGACCUGAUAGAUUUAGAGGAUGAACAAAUUGAUGCAGAGGUUCUAGAUGCACUGGCAGUUACAAUGGAAAACUUCAGGUGGGCUUUGUCGAAGAGUAACCCAAGCGCCUUGAGAGAAACCACAGUGGAAGUGCCCACAGUGACAUGGGAGGACAUUGGAGGACUGGAAAAUGUCAAGAGAGAGUUACAAGAACUUGUUCAGUAUCCAGUGGAACAUCCUGAAAAAUUCCUGAAGUUUGGUAUGACCCCAUCCAAAGGUGUGCUGUUUUAUGGCCCGCCAGGAUGUGGUAAAACUCUGCUAGCCAAAGCCAUUGCCAAUGAAUGCCAGGCUAACUUUAUCUCUGUCAAAGGCCCCGAGUUACUGACCAUGUGGUUUGGAGAGUCGGAAGCAAAUGUCAGGGAUAUCUUUGAUAAAGCCAGGUCCGCUGCUCCUUGUGUCCUGUUUUUUGACGAGUUGGAUUCCAUAGCAAAGUCAAGAGGUGGAAAUGCUGGUGAUGGUGGUGGUGCUGCAGAUCGUGUGAUCAAUCAGCUUCUGACAGAGAUGGACGGUAUGAGUGCUAAGAAGAACGUCUUCAUUAUUGGUGCCACUAACAGACCUGAUAUCAUUGACCCAGCUAUCCUGCGACCAGGUCGUCUGGAUCAGCUCAUCUACAUCCCUCUGCCAGAUGACAAAUCCCGUAUUCAGAUCCUCAAAGCAGCCCUUAGAAAAUCCCCUGUGUCAAAGGACAUUGAUCUGGAAUUCUUAGCCAAGGUGACCCAUGGCUUCAGUGGUGCAGAUUUGACAGAGAUUUGUCAGCGGGCCUGUAAACUGGCCAUCCGAGAGUCUAUAGAGACAGAAAUUCGUCAAGAGAGAGAAAGGGCUCGAAAUCCUGAUGCAGAUAUGGAAGUGGAAGAAUCAGACCCUGUUCCAGAGAUCCGUCGGGAUCACUUUGAAGAGGCCAUGAAAUUUGCUAGGAGGUCAGUCAGCGAUAAUGACAUUCGCAAAUAUGAGAUGUUUGCACAGACGCUUCAACAGAGCCGAGGGUUUGGUGGCAACUUCAGAUUCCCAGGAGCCACAGGUACACCAGGGCAAGGCACUACACAGGCCGGUCAAGACUCAAACUUUGCUGAAGGAGAAGAUGAUGACUUGUACAGCUAGACAACUUGCAGUGCUUUCCUGUUUAUUUGAACCAAGCAUGGUAGUUCCUUUUCCUUACCAACGGAAUAUCUAUUAGCUCUACCUGAUCUGACAGUAGAAGCAUUUUACUGUACAUGUAUAUGCAUUAUCUUGUUACUGAUUUGUCAAUUUUUCAUGAAAGAAGGCUGUAUGAUAUGCACUGUGCUUUUGCAAGAGAUAGAACCAACAUGUUAAAUGGCCUAAGAAGUUUUGAUGUUCACUAAUCCCCAAAAUUGUUUGACCCAAUGAGACAGUUUUUCUUUUUUUAAUUAACUUUUAAACCACACAGAAGUAAAAAUGCUGAUUUCAUUGUCUUGUGAGACAGAUUAUAUCAAAAUAUUGUAAGUUAUCAUAUAUAUAUCUAUAAAAUAUAUAUACAUAUGUAUCUUUAUAAACAUGUGUGAAUUUCUGGACAGACAUUUUAUUCAAUGCCAUGUUUAUUUUUUCUGCCAGCUCGGCAAUAUAUUGUAAUUCAUUUGAAUUGUUCUUGACAAACAUAAUAUAGACAAAUCUGCUGUUAUAAGCAUACUAACUAGUUCUUGGUGGAUCGAAAUGCCCUCUAUUUUUAUCUUGUUGGACUGGCCUUCAUUAGUUCACCUCACUCACAUCAUAUUUGUUAUCCCCUAAAAAAGCCAGAUGUCAUUGUAAAUGGAGUGUGUGUGAAAGUGCUAAACACAGAUGUGGUAAACCUAACCACCCCCUGGGCAUUUAUGCGAACUCCACCUGUCUGUGAGGUAAAUUUCUAUCAGUUGGGAUCAGCUGUUCUGUGUGCUUCAUUGAUGUACUUAGUUGGAUCGAAAAUCGUCGUCUGUGCUUGUUCAAAAAUGUUUCAUGGCAUAGCUUUCAUCACAGUGGUUGUUUUAUAAUAAGUUACCAUAGAAAGGGUUCAGUAAAAAUUUAAAUACAGCAAGAAAUGACAAAAAAUAAAAGUUAUGCACAUUUAGUGACCCAUAUGUCUUAAGUUAUCUUGUGGUGAUUAAAGUUUCCAUACUCUCAAUA